AUGAAGUCGUUAGCUUCGCCGCCUUCUUGUCUCCGCCUAACUCCGACGACACGUCAUCAUCUCCCUUCUCGUCAAUCUCCUUCCACUGUACUCAAAUCCAAUAGCUUAUCAUUCUCCACAUCAGCAUCCGGUUUCGCGUCGUCACUGGCUGUAGAGAAGGAGCUACGCUCGUCGUUUAUACAGACGGCUGCUGUUCGUCAUGUUACUGGGUCGCUUAUCAGAGGGGAAGGUCUUAGAUUUGCUAUUGUUGUUGCUCGUUUCAAUGAGGUUGUGACGAAGUUGCUUUUGGAAGGAGCUAUUGAGACUUUCAAGAAGUACUCUGUUAGAGAAGAAGACAUUGAGGUUAUAUGGGUUCCUGGCAGCUUUGAGAUAGGUGUUGUUGCACAAAAUCUUGGGAAGUCAGGAAAGUUUCAUGCCGUUUUAUGUAUCGGUGCUGUGAUAAGAGGUGAUACUACUCAUUAUGAUGCUGUUGCCAACUCUGCUGCAUCUGGAGUACUUUCUGCUGGCAUUAAUUCAGGUGUUCCAUGCAUAUUUGGUGUACUGACAUGCGAGGACAUGGAUCAGGCUCUGAAUCGAUCUGGUGGGAAAGCCGGAAACAAGGGAGCUGAAACUGCUUUGACGGCCCUGGAGAUGGCGUCGUUGUUUGAACACCACCUGAAAUAGUUGCUCGUUCCAUGGAUGAGCAAAUGAUCACGAAUGAGAACUUGUUCCUGUGUACCAUUUGGUUACAAUCCAAUCUCCGAAACUAUAUUGUCAAAAUGUUUUCUUUUACCUCUUGAGAUAUAUUUGGACCGCUUUUUGUAAGCUUCUGAUCUUGUUUUGAAUCGUGUAAUAAUAGUUCCUCCGAAUUUUGGGGGCGAGUGGGUUAUUCUGCACCAAUCAAAAUUAUGAUUGUCUCUGUCA